AUGCCAAAAAUCACAGUGGGUGUCCUAGCCCUCCAAGGCGCCUUUUAUGAGCAUUUGCAGCUCCUUCGAAAAGCAGCCAAUAUUUUAGCAUCAUCAUCGUCCUCUUCUCAAGGACCAUGCCAAUGGGACUUUAUCGAAGUACGGACAAAAGCGCAGUUGGAUGCCUGUGAUGCACUUAUCAUACCAGGUGGCGAGAGCACAACUAUUUCCCUUGUGGCUGCUAGAUCGAAUUUAUUGGAGCCAUUGAGGGAUUUUGUAAAACUACAUCGCAAGCCGACCUGGGGAACAUGCGCCGGCCUCAUCCUGCUCGCCGAAUCUGCCAACCGCACCAAAAAGGGCGGCCAAGAACUCAUCGGCGGCAUUGAUGUGCGCGUAAACAGGAACCAUUUCGGCCGUCAGACGGAAAGUUUCCAGGCACCUCUUGACCUGCCAUUUCUCCAAGACUCGACAAGCCCAGAAAACUUACCGUUUAACGGCGUGUUCAUCAGGGCGCCCGUCGUGGAGAAAAUCCUCCCCCAUCAAAAAGGUAUACAAAUUGAAGAAGAUCAGCGCGAAGAAACUGUCGUCGCACCCUCUCGAGAAGUAAUCGAUACCGCUGCUCAACAGGUAUUGGAAGAUGAAGUGGAAGUACUCGCAAUACUACCGGGAAGAGCAGCAAGAUUAAUUGCGAAUAGUGGUGUGAAUAUUGAUGCUGAAAAGGAGGCGGGGGAUAUAAUCGCAGUCAAACAAGGGAAUGUUUUUGGCACGAGUUUUCAUCCGGAGUUGACGGAUGAUCCGAGGAUUCAUCUUUGGUGGUUGCGGCAGGUGGCCGAUGCCGUUCAGAAAAGGAGUGGUGUUGUAUGA